AUGCGCAGCAUCGGGCUCUGGCCCUGGUUCAAGGACCAGGGGCUGAUUCCCGUCGAGAUGCCCUUCGCCGUCUGUAACCUGCCACGAGUAAUGCGGGUUCUCCAGAGUGACAUCUCAGCCAAGAGAACGCCCCUACCCACCUUCCGGCUCAAGAUCAACGCCCAGUACCUCGAACAAAAGUGCAUUGCGCUAAUCAUAGAAGCCUGCGGCGACCCAAGGCCCGCAUAUCAAGGCUGCCAGCAAUGCUUCGCCCUUGGCUUGGAGUGCAUCACUGCGGAUGGCCUAGGCCCAGCCGCCGAAGACGCGGCAAAUCAUACCUGCGCUCGAUGUCUCUUCAACGAGAAAAGUUGGAUGGGACCCGGGAAAACGUGUAGCCUACGCAAUCAAGAUUCUGCUGCCACUCUAGCUCCUCAACCUUCCCAGACCCCCGAGAGCUCGACGUCUCAGAAAUCAUAUGUGGAACCUGCUCGGCAGCACCAAUCACAGCCAGGCACCGGAUCAGGUAGUGCUUGCGCAUCGUCUACGGCUGUUCUGACUGCGACGCCAACAACAAAGAAAACUCUACAUCCGGGCGCUGUAACGUCGAAACACCUUUCAGUGGCAAUUCCAAAUAACCGCCAGGCUCCGGAUUUGCACAGAAUCAACACACAAGGCCUCGUUGCCGAACACGGGGCUAAAUCGGUCCAGACAGGACAAUCCAGAGCCCAUGUAUAUCUAGAGAAUCAGAAGCAUCUGGAUCAGUCCGUGUCACAUGCGCAUACCGGCGGUGCCAGUCUUGAGGAUCCUAACAGACAAGGCGGACAACAAGAAUCCGCCUACAAUGUGACUCAACAGACACUCAGUCAGACUCGUCAGUACACAUGGCAGCCUCCCACCCCCGUAGCGCAACACGAAACAUCAUACCUCAAUGAUGCUGCGCAGCCAGCCUUGAAACGCAAGCGAGGACGGCCACCCAAGGACAAACCUGUCCAGACCCGGCCUCGUAUGCAAGUUUGGGUUGGAAAUGUGCCUAUUGAGCACUACUCUGAUGAGCAGCUGGCCGCAGGAAUUAGUGUGUUCACUGCCGAAUUGAACCGUCGGAGGUUCGGCACGCCGUAUCCAGCACACUUCAGCCCAAGUAGAACAAUCUUCACACCGGCCAUGCCCACCACUAUAGUCCAAGUGUCGACAGCACCGCAGGAUUCCCAAAUCCACUCCGAGGACCGUUUGCCAGCAAUAGCGAAUGAUGCGUCGCCGGUGGUAUCGGGAUCUGGCCCAGGAGUUUAUCAGACGGAUCCGCCCGGGCCGUCUUUAAUGGCUGGUGCGCAGCCACAGACCUCCCAAAGCAACUCUAUGGCUGCCAGUCAUGGCAAGACUUCGAUGUCUCCCAGCGCCACUUCACACCUGAUAUCGCCGCCGUCGUCGUCAGGGUCAUGGCAUUCACCACUAUCAAAUGAGUCUACCCAAACAAGUCGAGCGACGGCCUUUGAAAAACGCACCGCUCCACCGCAGCAAGAAACGACUGCGUGCACGACGACCGAAAGUGGUAGUGUCGCCAAAGGUUCCGUGAAGGCGAAACAUGAAACGGGCGAUAUGUCAGAGGCUACCCUCACGGGCGCUUCCGCCUCUUCCACGUCCCCUUGGGGACAACUUUCUCACAGCCCAUUCGAGGCUGCCCCGGUACGCCUGUCGGGCGACUCGGCCGUGUUCAUUAAGAACGAACCAGGCACUGGGAUCCCACUGGCAGAGCAGCCAGCAAGCAUCGCUACUGCCGCGCUUUGCCUCGCUACUAACAUGGCUAAGGCGGAAAAUGGCGACGGUGAAGGCUACCAGCGACGAUUAUCACCUCUGCUUAAGAUUGAGAGGGAUUGA